AUUUUUACAGGGUGAUGAUAUGGGACGCUAUCUUAAACAACAGCGGUCGUAAUGGUAAUCAGACGAAAGUUGAAAGUCACCAAAUAGCACAGUCACGAUUCAAUCCGUAUCACCGGUCUGGCUUGCCUCCUCACACUCACACUGUUUGUUAGCACGUCAAGUGUUUAUUAGCCUGAAAAAUAUCGACAAUCAACUCAUGGAAGUGGCCUCAAGUCAGGCAUGGAGAUUAAAACGCUACGGGCGUUUUGUCCCAGGCUCUGAUCAGGGAAAGCCUUGGAAGGUGUUUGAGGCCAAUGGCGAUAAACCUGCUAUUUUCCUUAGAAUUGUGGAAUCUGGAUACUUGCUGGUCUUGCAAGGAGAGGAAAGCUUGGAUACAAUCCCUUUGGUCCAUGGAUCCGAUUUUCUCAAAGUGCACCAGAAAUCUGAUAACCUAAUGUUUCGAUUUACUGUGAAGGGAGAGAGCCGCAUGAUGAGGAUGCAGUUUGACGGAAGUAGCAGGGAAGAGGCCAUAAAAGAGUGUUCAAGUGCUGUGGAAAAGCUGAUGGGGUACAUUUCUGUCACCACGCAGGAGGACGCCCCAGUGCCUCCUAAUCCAACCCCUGCUGAGGUGUCUGCACCAGCGAUACAGAAGACUUGGCAGGGAAAGGCCGUGGGAGUUGAGCCUGAGGUUGUCCAAGGAUCGUUGUCCAUCAAGCGUCUAACCAAGCACAUGUUGGGAGAGACUGCUGUGACUCUGCCUCAAGUAUAUCGCCAUGGUUCUUUGGCACAAGGUGACUUGGAGACCAUAGUGCGCCUUUGUCUGCUGGAUCCCAGCUUUCCUGCAUUUGUGGAGAAGGUGGAGAGGGAGCUGAGGAAAGUGCUUCAAGAGUGAAGAAUCUCAACAACAGCUGAAGGCAGAAAGGUCAAGUCAGUGCAAUGUGUUUUUUCGUUGUAUACAGUUUGUGUAGGCAGUGCCUGGUGGUGGUGGUGGUGGAGUGUUUCUUGCUGUGCUGCUGAUGUUGUUUUAAAUGUUACAUAUUGCUUGUUAUUGUAUAUGGCCUGAAGAGGAUGAAUUGAAUGGUAUUGAAUUGAGGUGGUUAAAUGAACUUACAAAAUAAAAUAAAAAAUCUGGUUCAUUUUUCAAUUUUUUAUUCAGAAAAAAAAUAUUGGUCUCACUCAUAUGUUUGAUCGUGGCUAUAUACUCUGGUCCCUCUGUUCCCACCUUAAUGCAGGCCCAUUUGCACUGCAACACACAUUUAUACAUUGUAUUGAAAGAGGAGUCAUGCAGCUACAGCAGUGAAUUUUGCUAUGCCAGCUUCCAAGUGAUCCCACAAUAUUAAAGCUUCACUGAGUAAAACAAACUGCCCUCCAUAUAUCUAUUUAAGAAUACAUAUUGCAUAGGAUUAUAGCCAUGCUAUACAGUUAAAGAGAGAAAAAAAAUACAAAAUAAAAAUCAAUUAAUGAAAUUGGGAAAUAUAAAAAAAAUAUUAUUUUUUUUUUACAGAUUUCCUAUCAUUUGAACACUCAUACUUCAACAUAUACAAGACACCUAAGUUACUCUGGAAAGAAAAAAAAAUAAUACACUUAUAAUGUUCGUUUAGAUAGUUAAACACACAGUAGUCAUUUUCUGUAAUCACUCUCAAUUAAAUUUAAAUACUGCCAGUCAUUGAAGCCCUUGCUUCACAAUAAAAGUUCUGAUAAAAGUGGACUCAUUGUCACAAAAUCAAACAUA